ACGAGCGACGCCUUCCAACCAACACAUCACCGUUCACGUCCUCCUUCCAAGGCCUAUUCCGUCCGAUACCUACGACGCGUUCAGAUCGGCCGUUUCGACGACGUGUUCCGUUUCCGUUCGCCUCAUUUCGCCGAACCGGCGUGGUUGCCCAACGGUCGCGGUUUCGAUUCGUGAUAAAUCGUUGAUACCAGCUGAUAACAACAAUGCCACGAUGUUUUGUCAUGGUUAAGCGCAGCGUCAAAGCACCUGUUACUACCUACCUGCCAUUGCAAUACCACGAGUUUCGACCACUACAGACCGUGAACUGUUGAAUGUUUACACGUUUUGUUUCUUUCGGUCCGUUUACACUUCGUUUGCGUUUUGCCGUCGAUCCCCGCGCUAAAUCCACCGCUCGAGGAUAGCCGAAAGCGUUGUCGUCGGUCGAUAUAAUUAAUUUGUUGAAGAGCCUCAGGGUCAGCACGCGUUUUCUUCAACGAGUUCAGGGCCACGUCGAAUUCUCGUAGACGCGUACAAUCAUUGUUCAGCCACCGCCAUUAAACUGUAAUUUAAUCGUUUACCGACAUGGCUUCAAAAAACUCGAGCAACAAUGGUAAUGAUGAAUGGACACUGUCGCUGUAUGAAUUGCAAAGGACUAGUCAUGAAGUUAUUACAGACGAUACAGAAAUUGCGGUAUCCCAGGAGUCUGUUCACAAAGAUCUGAUGUGCCCGAUCUGUUUGGAUUUAUUGAACAAAACAAUGGCAACUAAAUGUCUUCACAGAUUCUGUUCUGAAUGUAUUGUGACUGCACUUCGUGCCGGUAAUAAAAAAUGCCCUACGUGUCGUAAAAGGUUAAUAUCCAAACGAUGUCUGCGACCCGACCUUAAUGUCGAUUCGCUCAUAUCUAAACUGUUUCCAAAUCGUGAAGAAUUCAAUGCACAUCGAAAUAAAAUUAUAGAGGACUUAAGUCAGAGUCAAAGUCAAGAUAAUAUGGUAAAAUCCAUGAAUGAAGGGUUAAAAAUACAAAAACAAAAACGUUCGUACAACACUAAAAAUAAACGAAAUGCUGAGCAAACUCAAAGUAGCUCAUCAAAUACAUCGGCACCAUCAACUUCAAGUCAAGUGGAUAAUAAUGUGACAGAAUCAACAGUGCAGACAAAUGGAACAAAAAAAAAGAAGAUUACAGGACCUGCUUCGACAACUGUAACCUCCAAUAUCAUUGAAUACGAUGGUGCGUUUAAUGUUGCGCCAGCAAAUGAUAUGGAACUGGUAUUCAAACCUCAUCCUAAGGAAACGCAUAAUAACUAUCAACAAGAUAAGGACUUAAACAAAACUGAUCUGCGUUAUAUAAAAGCACCAUCUGUUGCUACUGUUGCACACUUGAGCAGUUAUUUAACCCUGCGGAUAAAUUUAGAUCAUGGUAAAAAACUUUCAAGCGGUCGUCAAAAAGUUCUAAUCUAUAUUUCACAAGCUGCUGAUCAAUAUGAACUACUUGAUAACAAUUUAACACUUAAAAAUGUUCAAGAGAAAUUUUGGAACGCCAAGAAAGAAAAACCGAUGGAAAUUUUUUACUCUUAUGAUUAAAUUUUUAUUUACAUUAGUUGUAAAUAUAUAAUAGUUUUCUAAAAAAAUUAAAAUCUAUUAUAUCUAGUGUAUUUUUAAAAAGAAUUUGUUGAUUAUGGUAAAUUCUUUCACAUUUACUAUUAUUAAUUUUCAAUUGAAAACUAUUCCAUUUUUAUUUUUCAACUAUUUAAAAAAAUAUAUUUUUAAUUUAUUUUAUGUAAUCAUGCAAUUGUUUUUAAAUGUUAAUUGUUAACAUUACAAUAAUCAUACUAUUUGCAACAGUAUUUAGUUUUAUUAGGUACAGGUAUCAGGUUUUUUUCUUAAAAUAAAUCUGUAAUUAACUUUUUUCUUAAGGUUUUAUGCAUUAUUAUUUUGUUAAUACCAAUAAUUAAUUUUAAUAAGGUAUAUAAUAAUUAGU